AUGUUAGAGACUGUAAAGUUCCCAAAUGAGAAUGCUAAUAGACUCGAGAACCCAAACGAAAAAAAUUUAGUAUGGGUUUUAGGAUUAAAAAGGGAUAUGACAUCUGAUGCAUUAUUUUUCAAUUCCACUUAUCAUCAAACUGCAGAUCUUCCCGUUACAAAAAGGAAGAUUUUAGCUGUAGAGCAACAAAUAUAUCAUCCUUUGGGAAUGAUUUGCCCAUUUACACUGUUGCCAAAAUUGCUACUACAAGAAUGUUGGAAACAGAAAAUAGCAUGGGACACAGAAUUACCUGAAGCUCUCAGGAAGAAAUUUUUAAGCUGGCAAAAUCAAAUAACGCAUCUGAAAAAUAUCAUUAUUCCUAGAUGGAUGACGAAGAGAACUUCUCCGGAGAAGCAGUGUAGUUUACACGUGUUUGCUUAUGCCAGCAAGAAUGCUUAUGCAGCUUGUAUUUUUAUCCGAAUUGAAACCGAAGAGUCUGUAUCUGGCGAAUUCGUUAAGGCUAAAAAUACAAUAACCCCGCUAAAGACAAUCACAGUUCCCAGACUGGAACUCCUAACAUGUUUGAUUGCUGCUCGUUUAGCUGCUAACGUAGAUUUAAAAAGACCAGAUAUUGAAACUCAUUACUGGACAGAUUCUAGCAAUGCCUUAAGUUGGAUCAAACGAGAUGAGCAUUGA